UUGGACAGCUAGGUUAUAAUUGAAUAAUUAAAAUACAAUUCGGCUUCAGAAAUGUCGAAUAAACAAUAGUUUUUGACUAUUAUCAUAAAAUAAAACCAGAUAUCAUUAUAUUCCGGUACAUAACGGUACCUUGCAGAUAUCACAAUAAACUUCUGAUUGUGGACAAUAAACUGAAAGAUGUAUUCAAGAUUGCAUAAGCAUGGCUAUAUGAGGCUACGACACUUGCCUGAAAUACGACAUUACAGUGGAAGCAUAUUGAAGAAGAAAGAACACCUCGCAAAAAACAUACAGCCAGGGAAAGCUGUGCAUGGUUUCCUUUGCUCCGAAAUUGAGCAUAUAAAAGAGUACAAUAUUACUGCAUACUUUUUAGUACAUGAAAAAACUAAGACGGAGUACCUGCAUUUAGAGAGGGAUGAUACUAAUAAUGUUUUCUCAGUAGGUUUCCGUACAACACCAUUAGACUCGAUGGGUACUCCUCACAUCUUGGAACAUACAGUAUUAUGUGGUUCAGAGAAGUACCCAGUCCGAGAUCCAUUCUUUAAAAUGUUGAAUCGUUCACUAGCAACAUUCAUGAAUGCAUUGACAGGACCAGAUUACACUUUUUAUCCAUUCUCGUCACAGAAUGAGGUUGAUUAUAGAAAUUUACAGAAGGUUUAUUUAGAUGCAGUAUUCAAACCAAACUUAUCCAGGUUAGACUUCUUACAGGAAGGUUGGAGGUUAGAACAUACAAAGUUAGAUGAUAAAAAUUCAGAGUUACAAUUCAAAGGUGUUGUUUACAAUGAAAUGAAGGGAGCAUUUUCUGAAACUAGCUCACUAUUUGGUCAAAAGUUUAUAAAUACCAUUCUACCAAAAGGCACAUAUGGUUAUGUGUCUGGAGGGGACCCAAUACGCAUCCCUGAGUUAACACAUGAACACUUAAAAAAAUUCCAUGCUACACACUAUCAUCCAAGUAAUGCUAGGAUAUAUUCUUAUGGUAGUUUCCCUCUUGAAGCCAAUCUGAAGUUUGUAAAUGAAGCCUACUUGAGCAAAUAUGACUACCUGAAUCCUCAAGACACAAUAGUAGCACAGCAAGAAAGGUGGAAAUCACCAAAGCGAGCUGAAAUCCCUUGCAGAGUUGAUCAGUAUGGUGGUCCAAUAGAGAAACAGAACCAAAUUGCCAUUGGUUAUGUAAUGUCUGAUAUUACAAACAUUUAUGAAACAUUCAUGUUAACAGCUUUAGCCGAGUUGAUGAUUAUAGGACCGAAUUCAGCGUUCUACAAAAGUUUAAUUGAGAAGAACAUAUCUGGUGGUUACAAUUCACUAACUGGUUAUGACAAUCAAAUUAGAGAUACACUGUUUGUAAUUGGGUUGAGGGAUGUUGAGAAAUCUAAAUUUGAAACUGUAGAAAAAAUAGCAAAUCAAACUAUUGAGGAUAUAUUUGCUAAAGGUUUUGAGAAGGAUCAUAUUGAGAGUGUUCUGCACGGGUUUGAGCUCUCAAUCAAGCAUCAAUCACCUAAGUUUGGAUUGAAUGUCCUAUUCAAUUUAAUGCCACUGUGGAACCACAAUGGGCCAAUUUUGAAUGCUCUAAAAGUUAAUGAAUUGCUGACCAAAUUGAAAACAAAUCUUAUGAAUCCUAUUUAUGUUAAAGAUGUGAUUGAAAAAUACUUCCUUUCUAACAAUCAUAAAUUGAUAAUGACCAUGCAACCUGACCCCAAGUUUGAUGAUACAUUCAAUGAAGCAGAAGCCAAAUCACUGCAAUCUAAAGUAGCGGCGUUGACAAAAGAAGACAGAGAAAAGAUAUAUCAAGAUGGAUUAGAACUUUCUGAAGCACAAAAGAAGGUGGAACAACUAGAUUCUUUACCUUGUUUGAAAAUAGAAGAAAUCACUUUGAAUAAAACUGCACCACCAUUAAGACAUGCUGUAGCAGAAACUAUACCUCUCCAGCUUUGUGAAGCUAAUACAAAUGGAGUAACAUAUUUCAAAGGUGUUCUUGGAACUGAGUCUUUAAAAGAGACACAAAGACAGCUUUUACCAUUUUUCAAUUAUGUUUUGGACAAGUUUGAUACAAAAUCAUAUAAUUAUAGAGAUUUUGACAAGUAUGUUAGUAAGUCUACCUCUGGAUUGAGUUUCAUCACGCAUAUAACGGAACAUAUAGACCAACAAGAGCAAUAUGAGCAAGGUGUGUUGAUUGGUAGUCAUUGUCUUGACGAAAAUCUACCAAAAAUGCUGGAUAUAUGGUCUGAGAUUUUCAAUAAGCCUAAUUUUGGGAACAGUGAACGAAUGACAAUGUUGCUGACUAAUUAUUGCUCAUCAUUGACUAGUGGCAUCAUAGAUAGUGGUCAUACAUAUGCUAUGCAAGCAGCUAGAUCACUGAUUUCAUCAGUAGAUCAAUGCAAAGAGAAUUUAUUGGGUCUGCACCAUGUUAUAUCCAUGCAGGAAAUACAAAAGAAUUACAAAAUAGAUGAGAUACAGUCUAUAGUUGAUCAAAUAGCGAAACAAGUACUUAAAGGCAGUAAUUUGAGAGCUGCAUUCCAUUACAGCAACACAAAUAAAGAUAUUCACAAUAUAGUUGAUAAAUUUUGCACAGAAUUGUGCAAAGGUGAUGAGGGUAAAGAAUUAAAUCGCAUCAACUGGACCGACUCUGGAAAAACUGCCAAAGAAAACCGCGGCAUUCAUAUUUCGAUGAACAUACCAGUUAAUUUCUGCGCGAAAGUAAUACCUACUGUUGCAUACACUGAUCCAGAUUUCGCGAAAUUGCGUGUACUGUCCAGAUUCUUAAGUUCCAAAUAUUUGCACCCAAUUGUUAGAGAGCAAAAUGGGGCAUACGGCGGAGGGGCUACAAUUACUAUGGACGGAGUUUUCAACUUUUAUUCCUACAGGGAUCCAAAUUCCAAUGUAACUUUGGAUGUUUUCGACAAAACGGCAGAUUGGAUGGCAAAUAAUACCAGUUUAGUUGACGAUCAGAAUUUGUUUGAAGCUAAACUCUCCAUAUUGCAACAGAUGGAUCAACCAGUACCGGAGUAUAUGAAGGGAAUUGAUCUAUUCCUUUAUGGAUUAUCAUAUGAUAUCUGGCAGACACAAAGAGAGCGCGUUUUGGCAGUCCAGAAUGAAGAUUUAGCAGAAGUGUGCAAGAAGUAUUUGUCUGCAGAUAAAUGGUACGGAAAGUGUGUUAUUGGGGAAGGUGUAGCUAAUUUGGGGAAAGAGAACGAAGCUUGGGAAAGGUUAAGCGGACCGCAACAGUAAAUAUUUAGUAUUUACGAUGCAACAUUCAUUUAAAUGAAUUAGACUAGUCAUGAUCAGCUUCUUGCCAUUCGAAUGAAUGAUUAAUCGGAACUUUCAGAAGGAAGUAGAAGCUGCAAACAGUACUUGCUCAGUAUAUACUGUAUGUAAUAUAGCAUUGCAUUUUGACGACAAUCUGCUACAUUUAUAUCCGAGUAUAUAAAUUUGUUGAUUUACUCUUCGUGAGUUAGGGGCCGUUCAAGUAUAACGUAAGCACUAUGUAUGAGAGGGUGUGUUUGCUUUCUUUAUUUUGAUUCUUGGGGGUGGGGUAGUCUAGACGAUGAUCACGUCAUCGCUAGUUAUUUUCUUUUUUACGAGAAUGGCAACUCUCACAUUAUCUUUGCUAAAAAAACGUAGGGGGAAGGGGUAAGAGCUUUAUUUACUUUUGCUGACAAGGGGGAUGGGAGGGGUAAAUAAUUGUAAUAAAUCUGAAAAACCAAGGGCCCUGGAGCAAAUCAAAACAUGGGGCCCUACAUUAGUUUUAUUAAAACGCACAUGUCGCUAUCCGUCAAUUUGACAACACUGGCAACCCACAAAAAGAAUUAGGGGAAUUCCAAAGGUAUAAC